UGACGUAAAACCCAUAAUGCAUCGGUGUUGGUGAAAAGCACAUUCUGUUUCCGCCAUUAUUUGAAAUUUUUAAUUGAGCCUAAAAUCGGCAAUAUUUUUUAAUGUACGAUUGUUUCUCCACGUGUAUGAGAUUCUUCAGAUAAUCUGUAUUGUCUCGCGAUGGAAUUUCAAGAACCAAUGGCACUCGGAUCCCCCACCUCCCCGAAGCCUGGAACAGGUGCUCAGUUCUUGCCUGGAUUUCUAAUGGGAGAUCUGCCAGCCCCUGCAACUCCUCAGCCUCGUACCUUCGGUGGCUCCAUUGCAGGUGGAAUGGAACUGAGGUCCCUGCUUAUGUCAGGUGGCUCCCCUCCUCAGCCAGUUGUCCCUACUCCAAAGGACAAGAGUGGAGCACCCCCAGUUAGAAGUAUUUAUGAUGAACUUGCAAGUCCAGGAGUUGGUCUAACACCAAUAAGUUCAAGAAAACAACCUGCCUAUUCAAUUAUGCAGACCCCAUUGUCUGGGAUGACUCCAACCACCCCUGGAACAGCUUCAAGUGUGUUUAGUCCUACUAUUGGGCAGCAGAGGAAAGCCACCCUCUCUCCGGCUCAGGUCGAUCCUUUCUACACUCAAGGAGAUGCUCUUUCUUCAGAUGACCAUCUAGAUGACAAAUGGGUUACAGUUUUUGGGUUUCCUCCAGCAUCUGCUUCUUAUAUCCUGCUACAGUUUGCACAGUAUGGAAACAUAUUAAAACAUGUGAUGUCUAACAAUGGAAAUUGGAUGCACAUGCAAUAUCAGUCAAAACUCCAAGCUAGAAAAGCACUCAGUAAAGAUGGAAAGGUCUUUGGAGAAGCAAUCAUGAUUGGGGUUAAACCAUGCAUUGAUAAGAGUGUUAUGGAGAGUUCUGAAAAAGGUUCAACAUCUGGCUCCUCAAUAGUGUUUACUCCUCCAAGUCAAAUGAUUGGGACUCCAUCCCAUCCUGCAAAUACACCUCGAUCGACCUCCAUGAGACCUCUUGCUGCUGCAUACAAAGCCUCCAGCAGUGACUAUCAGGUGGUUACUGACAGACAGACCCCAAGGAAAGAUGAGAGUUUAGUAACAAAAGCCAUGGAAUACAUGUUUGGUUGGUAGUGAUAAGAAAAAGCCCUUGAUUGUUCCUCAGUCCAAAACGGAGUACAGCGGAGAUGGAGAUAAUUGCAUUGACACUUAACUCUGGUUUGUUCUUCUGUACUGCUAUUGUAACUUGGUUAGUUAUAUAACCGCAGUUUAAAGACACAUUGAAGCCUUUCUGAUACAGACUACAUGUAAUUAGUUUGCACUUUAUUUUGGGAGUGGAUUGGACAGAGUUGUAUGAACUUGACGCUGUGUUAAGAAUUUAAUUAUUUAAUUGGUCUGUACAUUAGGUUUCUGAAAUUUAGACAAAACAAUGCUAAAAUCAAUUAACAAACAUACAUUUGGUCUUUAUAUAUAUAUAUUUUAAGGUGACCAGCAGACAUUUAUAAGUAUUCAUUUUAAAUCAAUUUCCACAUAAUUGGUAGAAGUUUGAUUUGUAAAACCAUGUUUUCUGGAAAUUAAUUGGCGUUUGUAGUCUUUCCAGAUCUACUGUAAGCAUUGUUGAUAGUGAAAGUAUGAACAGGAAAAAAAAGAAAGCAACACAAAUACAAAUUGCUACUAUUAAGACCAGAAGUGGGUAACAAAUGCAGGUGAAAGGUGUGCGUUUGUUUUUUUUAAACUGCCGUAUUUAUCAGUGUGAUUGAGUGUUACAUUUUAAAAGGCGGCAUUUUUUGGGUGACUUGUUUUAUUGCUACCCAUUCAGUGGGAAUUGAUUUCCCCUGUAAAAUAACUAUUUUUGUCUUGUGUUGUUUUUCUUUUCUAUUUUCAUAUACCUUUUCCUUUUUUUUGCUUUAUAAGAUUUAUAAUAAAUUGUGGGCUACAUAAAUAAA